CAUCAUCAACAUGGUCACAAAGAUGGAGAAUGGUUCCUUGAUGUUCUUGUUGCUUUUUCUUCUCACAGUUUGUUUGACAAUAUCACCGCUAGUGGAAGCCAAUACUAAGACCCAGUCUCUACGCUCGAUACUGAACCACUUCACCGACACAAGAAAUGUUUAUAUCGAUCCUGUCGCCAAACAGAGAGCACGCGACUUCAUCGUGAACAUGUUUAAGGAUCACGGAUUGCACACGUGGACUGAGGAGUUCCCUAGUAACCAAGAAAAGUAUCCAGGAGUGAAUGUCAUUGGUAGACUGCCUGGUCGCUUCACCGGAACACGUGACGAUAAAAUGGUUUUGAUUGGUUCCCACUAUGACACAGUGCAGACCUCUCCCGGUGUUGAUGACAAUGGUUCCGGAAUGACCGCUUUACUGCAGGCUCUAAAGCUUAUCACCAUUCCGGGUAAUAAAAUCGUUUUUGAUUAUUUUUACUUUUUUGUUUGUGAAGUAAGCUAUAAAACGAGUACUAGAAAUCAGAUCAGUUAUCUGGCGUAAAGAAAGAAAGCUUGCGUCGGGACAGGUGGUCCAUACCACUGGAGCUUAUCCCGGUUUACGUUGCAUUAAGUGACCAGGUGUUCAGGACAAUGUUCAGUGCAAAAUUCUCAUAGUAAACAUCUUUAAAGCUUUCCUGAAGAGUAUAAUUGAAAUGCACCAGGAGCCAUAAUCGGGGACGGAGACCG